AUGGUGUUGUUUCUGAUUGGGAUCUCUAUUGCUGUGAAUAAUUCAUCUCAUGAGAACCAAACUGCAGAAAACCCCACCCAUCAGGGUGCGCACGUGCUGCCCUCGACGCUGGUCAUAUCCCUGCUUCUUAUCAUCGUCGUGCUGCUGACGAUCUACUGUCUAAGGUUCAAAAACCACAGGAAAGCUCUAGUUACCUCGGUGGAUAAAAAGAUCCCAAAUGGCUUCAUGGAGGAACAAGGAGAGCAGACAGUGGUCCUCCUCCCCAGAUCUCCCUCGCCGUCCAAGAGGUACUUCCCCAUCCCUCUGGACUCGCUGGAGGAGGAGUACCGGAUACGCUCCGCAGACGACGGCAAGCUCUUCAGAGAGGAGUUCAAUUCGCUGCCGUGUUACUACCACCACGGGUCCUUUGAGGAGGCGAGCAGAGAGCACAACAGAGAGAAAAACAGAUACCCCAACAUUUUACCAUAUGAUCAUUCAAGAGUGAUGUUAAGUCAUCUUGAUGGACAUCUAUGUUCAGACUACAUAAAUGCAUCGUACAUCGACGGUUUUAAAGAGAAGAGCAAAUUCAUUGCAGCACAAGGCCCAAAGCUCGAGACAGUGGCUGACUUCUGGCGGAUGAUUUGGGAACAGAAAACAGCGACUAUAGUAAUGCUGACGAAUCUGAAAGAAAGGAAGGAGGACAAAUGUUUUCAGUAUUGGCCAGAAAAAGGCUGCUGGAUGUACGGGAACGUCAGGGUGGCAAUGGAGGACUUCACCGUCCUGGUGGACUACACCAUUAGGAAAUUUUGUGUUCAAUAUCAGGGCAGCGACGGUCCCCGAGCUCCCCGGCUGGUCACCCAGCUCCACUUCACCAGCUGGCCAGACUUCGGGGUGCCGUUCUCACCCAUCGGCAUGCUGAAGUUCCUCAAGAAGGUCAAGGCUGUCAAUCCAUCCUAUGCUGGACCCAUUGUUGUGCACUGCAGCGCCGGGGUGGGGAGGACUGGGACGUUCAUUGUCAUUGACAGCAUGAUCGACAUGAUGCACAUGGAACAGAGAGUGGAUGUCUUUGGCUUCGUGAGCAGGAUACGAGAACAGCGCUGUCAGCUCAUCCAGACAGAUAUGCAGUACUCCUUCAUCUACCAAGCGCUGCUGGAGUACUAUCUGUAUGGAGACACGGAGCUAGAUGUGUGCUCUCUGGAGGGCCAUCUGCAGAGGCUUCACAACACCAGGGCUCCCCACGACAGGAUGGGCCUGGAGGAGGAGUUCAGGAAGCUGACCAACGUUCGCAUAAUGAAGGAGAACAUGAGAACUGGAAACCUCCCUGCCAACAUGAAGAAGAACCGUGUGCUUCAGAUCAUUCCGUAUGAUUUCAACCGAGUAAUGCUCUCAGUGAAAAGAGGACAGGAGUUCACCGACUACAUCAAUGCCUCCUUUAUUGAUGGCUACAGGCAGAAGGACUAUUUUAUCGCAACCCAGGGCCCCCUGUCUCACACAGUGGAGGACUUCUGGAGGAUGGUGUGGGAGUGGAGGUGUCAUUCAAUCGUUAUGCUCACCGAACUCAAAGAGAGGGAGCAGGAAAAGUGUUUCCAGUAUUGGCCAUCAGAGGGCAGUGUGACAUUUGGAGAUUAUGCUGUUGAGCUGACUGGAGAUACGCUGUGUGAAACCUUCACUCUCAAAGACAUGGUGCUCACCUACAGACCAGAGAAGCAGUCACAACACGUCCGACACUUCCACUUCCACGGAUGGCCUGAGAUCGGGAUACCAGCCGAGGGAAGAGGAAUGAUUGACAUUAUUGCCGCUGUGCAGAGGCAGCAGCAGCAGUCGGGAAACCGUCCCAUAAUUGUGCACUGCAGUGCUGGCGCGGGUCGGACCGGCACCUUCAUCGCCCUCAGUAACAUUCUGGAGAGGGUGAAAGCUGAAGGCCUCCUGGACGUUUUUCAGACAGUCAAGAGUUUACGCAUGCAGAGGCCACACAUGGUUCAGACCGUGGAGCAAUACGACUUCUGCUACAGAGUGGUUCAGGAUUUUGUUGACAUCUUCUCUGACUAUGCCAAUUUUAAAUAAUGCCUGUCAGAUACUGUUCUCUAUACUUCCGGCAAAUUAUCUAAUGCAUUUUUUUUCUGAAU